CUCGCCAGCUCGAUAUUUCGAACCCCUCAUAUCUGCCGCUCAGAAUCUCUCACUUGCGUCCUCGCCCUGGCUGGUACUGAGCUUUCGCUAUGGCGCCUGCUAGGGAUGGGAUGACUCGCGAGAGCAUCCUCUACGCCAUCAAUCACCUUUUCCUGCCGCCGCAGCUGCCUCAACAGCACGAUUAUUCUCAGGCAUGUGUCCGAAGCCUUGUGGGAUUUGUCACCCAAGCUCUGCAAGAUUUUGAGCACCACUCAGAAGGCUUUCACCAGUCUGUUACGAAGACAGCUGCCAAUGUGCUGCUCACCUUCUCCGAGCUGCACGCCAUCGGCGACAGCCAGGUAUCCGUCCAGCCCGAGAUGCUUGCAACAAGGCUCCGAGACCUGUGCACGAAAGGUGGCUGUAUGCUCCUCCAGGUCACUUCGCAGAAUGCUGGCAUGCUCAUAAAUCGUGUCGCUGACGAUGUCCACUUCGAGAUGUUCGAGCGCACUUCUUCCAACGGACCCAUCGUGGACAACAGAGGCAGACUCAUCCGAACGUUUCCCGGCCAGGCUGUCGCCGUUCCUGUCUAUUCUCUCCUGCAAGACGACGUCAUGGGAACCCUGGUCCUCGCGAUCAGCAAAAUGAGCGACCAGGACGCGGCGUUUUCGCAGCCUACGGCCAAAAAAGCAGGCACAAAGAUAGCCGAAGUCCGCCACUCAACCAAUCCCCUCAUCGUGACGGACUACCUCUCUUCUAUCUUGCUCACCCUUGGCUCAGCGAUCGAGGUGCAGGCCAUCAAUAAGAAGAUGCGCGAGGAAGUCAUGUACAUGUCCACCAAAGUUCCCUGGUUUCGAUCAGAUACGUGGCUCGUCUUUCGCGUUGGUCUUCACUUGACCAUGUCAACGACUUGAUGUGUUGUAGAGUGAGGUGGCGGACGCACAGAGUUGCUGCUAAUGACGAAAACAGAAAAGAAAAGGACAUACCAGAGCGUGAGGGGAGUCCGA